AAAAUCAUCGUCACCACAUAUUUAAAAGCUCUAGUUCAUUUUUACCUCUGUGACUUUCUAAUAGGUCGCGCGUUCGAGUUUCUUAAUCAGGAUAAGUACGUAUGGCACUAAGAAAGUAUACGAGAUUGAUGCCAGAAUGGGACCGAGAUAAACAGGAGAAGAUAUGGAAAAAGCAGUCAAUUCACAAACUUCCUGCACGAAUUACUGAUCUGAACAAGAAUGCUUACCAGCCUCGGGUGGUCUCCUUCGGUCCUUACCACCACGGUAAACCAAAUUUGCUGGCAAUGGAAACCCACAAAACAAGGGCUCUAAUUUGUUUCUUGAAAAGAGCAAACAUCGAUUUCAACAGCUGCGUCGACAAGUUUACAUAUACCGGGAGCAGUUUGAAGGAUGCGUAUGACGCUUUGGAUGAGAAGUUUCAAGGUGAUGGUGCGGAUCACUUCAUGGAUAUGAUGAUAAGGGAUGGUUGUUUUAUGCUCGAAAUGUUGCUUCACUACUGCGAAGAAAAACGGCCAAGCGUUUACACAGAGAGCGAUCCGAUUUUCGGUAUCAAUGGCAAGUAUUUGGUGCCUUACAUCAAGCGUGACAUGUUGAUGCUGGAGAAUCAGUUGCCAAUGUCGCUUCUUCACGCGUUGCUUCCUUUAGCAUAUAAAGAAGCCCCCAAGGGACGGGGGCCGCUGGUACGCUAUAUGAACAAUCUCAUAAUCAAAUUCUGUUGUCCCCGCAACCAAGGAAUGGAAUUGGGAGAAUGCAAACAUAUCCUGGAUGCUUAUCGUAAAAGCCUACUAUUACUGGAUCCCAAUCAGCCAAUUUCCGAGGACAAGAAAGAUUCAGAGCAGCCAUUACUCGAUCCCAGUCAGCCAACUUUGGAGAAGAAGAAAGAUCCAGAGCCAUCGAUAAGACCAAUACUCAGUGAACAUGCAAGACCAGAACAAAAACUAAAAGCCCCGCAAGAAGUACAAUAUCCAACUCCAAGGCCACAGGAACUUGUUAACAAAUUCAGGAGGCCUCUGAAAUCGAGCCCAUUCCUACCAGAUUCAUGGAGAGUAAUAGACCAAAUUCCAUCAGCAACGAAGCCUCGUGAAGGCAGCAUCGGAAUUCAACAGAGGGGUACAGAGCAAUUGAACCCACCACGAGGACAUCAUUCAUUGACAGUAAUAGACCAAAUUCCAUCAGCAGCAACGCUUCGUGAAGCCGGACCCAAAGUUCAAAAGAGCAAAGCAGAGAAACUGAGCCCACCAGGACAGCAUUCGUUAACAGUAAUAGACCAAAUUCCAUCAGCAACAGAACUUCUUGAAGCCGGAAUCAAAAUCCAACAGAGCAAAACAGAGAAGCUCACUGAUGUCUCCUUCCAAGGCGGAGUUCUUCGGCUCCCUCCAAUCAUAGUGGAUGACAUGACAGAACCCGUGUUCCAAAACCUCAUCGCCUUCGAGAUGUUCCAUCAUGGGAUAGGGAACGAAGUGGCAUGUUACGUCGCGCUCAUGGACGACAUUAUAGACAGUGCCAACGACGUGAAUCUCUUGCAUUCUCAGGGGAUCAUUUACGUUAAUGGGCUCGGAAGUCAUGAAACCUUGGCCAAGAUGUUCAAUUCACUCACGAAAGAUGUCCCGAUUGAUCUGUGGAGUAAUAACCCUAUUAACCAGGUCCGAAGGGAUGCGGCUCAGUACUCCAGGAAGCCAUGGAACCAAUGGCGGGCUAAUCUAAUGCAUACUUACUUCAAGAAUCCAUGGACAACAUUGUCCCUUAUUGCUGCUUUUGUAAUUCUCGUACUCACCGUCAUUCAAACAAUAUUCACUGCUGGCCAAUACUACCAGAAUGGCAACUAGGGAAUGGCGUUUUGCAAAUGAUCAUUACGUUGGUUUUGUGGACAUUUGUCGUGAUUGUUGUAACAAAGUAAAGUACUAUGAACUAAUUAAUUAAUAAAAC